UAUUUCCUUCUCGACUUAAUAAUAUUGAAUUAAAUUAGUCUAACUACCUAACUUAUAAAUCAUUAAUAACUACUGCAAUAAAAGAAAUGUUAAAAAACCUGCUUUACAAGGAAGCCGUGUGUAAAAGCAAAGUAAAACUUACAUAUUGCACUUGCAGGUGAACGAUUAGGAAAUUUGAAAAACGGUUUAAUUUGGUACAGGAGCUCUUGAUUGUCAUUUGUACGUGCAUUAAAAGAAUCGAAUUAGCAUAUAGGGUCAUGUAGGAAUCGACGAAUCACGACAGAAAACAAUAGAAACGUAAAUUUUAUCAUAUGACCACAUACGCAUAUUGUGUGACGUAUUUAUAUCUUUUUUUAGCACAUUGUGUCACUUCCAUAUUCGUAUACUCGUUUCCAGGCUGCUCUCAUACCCGUUCACCACAAAACCGCUCUUAUAAAAGGGAUGGUGACCGGUUGUGCUAUGUCCACCUGUAGUCGACGAUUUAGUCCGCAAUAAUGGGCAUUUUACUUCAAACGAAAUAUCUGCUUCAAAAAAACUUUCACAUAAAAAAACGAAACAAGCGGGAAACUUUGCAAGAGAUUCUCAUUCCAAUAUGGUGGAUUUUGCUUCUCCUGCUCAUAAAACUUAGCGUGCGAACGAAGGAGCUGCCGGCCGUGACAGACAGUGAAAUACCCACAAAUAAUGUGUCCACGCUGGGGUUGUCCAAUUCACUACCGCAGGGCAAUGCAACCAGCAAGCCAACAAUCGGUUUUGUCAUCAACAACGUUCCGAACGCUGAUCGAGUGAUGGAGCUGGUGCAAAACGCAUCUAAUGGCGCCGUGACCUAUCUCCAGUUUAACAGCACCGACAGCAUGGCGAACUAUUAUCGAAAGUACAGCGAAAGUUCAGGCCUGCAACUAGGGAUUGAAUUCGCGAAAAGCAAGAACAAAGGCGUUGCUUACACGAUCCGUGUCCCUGUGAAAGCUGUUCCGUCGACUGAAAACAAACUUGCAGACCAAGGCAGAUGUCAUGAUAUAUCGAGGUUUUCUGACCCUAGUGAUUGUCCUGCCAAUUCUUACAUCGUACUGAAAGUUGCUACCAUACAAGCAAGUAUUGAUGCUGCUAUUACGAAGGUUGAAGCCAAUUUGCCUUACUACAUUGUGCCAAACAUCCAAACAAAGAUGAUGCCGAAAGAGUCUUACACGCCGUCUCUACAAGGAUUUUCCUACACUGUGUUGAUUUACAUUGUGAUGGCGUUUGCACCUUAUGUCACUGUUCUACUCAUCAACUUGGUACAGGAGAAGGAGAAUAAGCUUAAGGAGUUGAUGAGAAUCAUGGGCACGUCAGAUGUCGCCUACUGGUUGUCUUGGGUCAUUACCUAUGCUGUGAUCAUGUUCUUUGCCGUGCUCAUCAUGAAUGCCAUCACCAUACCAGGGGGAAUAUUUGGCGGGAGUAAUUACAUUGUGAUGGUCAUAAUAUGUUACCUGUAUGGUAUAACCAUCAUCAUGAUGUCCUUCAUGUUCACACCAUUCUUCAAAAAUGCCAAGAGCGCAGGUCUGUUUGCGUCAUUAAUAACGACAGUAUUUGGUGCAAUCGCUAUUCCUCUGAUCAUCGUAGAUGUACCCAACCCUGUGAAGUGGGCAUUGUCACUUUUUUCACCGACAGCAUUUGGUCUUGCUAUUUCACAGGCUGUUGACCUGGAAGGUCUACAUUUUGACAAUUUGACCACCAAGGGAACAUUUCCAGCCAUCAAUCUCAUCGUCAUGUUGAUAGUUGACGCUGCUUUGUAUUUCUUGUUGGCACUGUACUUUGAUGCAGUGAUUCCUGCCGAGUAUGGUCCACGGAAACCCCCGCACUUCAUCUUCAUGCCUUCUUUUUGGAAAGGUUUAUUUCCUGCAAAAGACAAAAGGAAUGUUCCUGCAAGACAGAUGUGGGCAAGAGUGCAAGAGGCCUCUGAUGAUAUUGAGGCCAUGCCAGCAGCCAUGCAUGGAAAUGAAGUAAUAAGCAUCCACAAAUUGAGGAAAGUCUACCAUGGAAAAGAGGAUGUAGUGGCAGUUGAUGGAGUCAGUAUGGACAUCUACGAAGGUCAUGUGACAGCACUGCUGGGUCACAAUGGAGCAGGCAAAACUACCCUGAUUGCUAUGAUGACAGGAAUGGUUCCUGCUUCUGAAGGCAAUGCUACUAUUUAUGGAUUGGACAUCACAGACCCUAUUCAGAUGCAAGAAAUAAGAAAGCUUAUUGGUGUUUGCCAGCAGCAGAACGUGUUGUUUGAUUUCAUGACUGUGAAGGAACACUUGCAGUUCUAUGCUGGGUUGAAGGAAGUAGAAGCAGAGGAGAGAGAUGAUAUGGUGAGUUCACUGUUGGAGGAGAUUGACUUGGCUGACCAACAGGACACUUUGUCAAAAGAUCUGAGUGGAGGCCAGAAGAGAAAACUUUGUGUGGGCUUGGCACUUAUAGGAGAUCCAAAGGUGGUCAUUUUAGAUGAACCUACAAGCGGGAUGGAUCCAUAUUCUCGGCGCCUCCUGUGGUCUUUGUUAAAAGAAAAGUGCAAAAACAGGGUGGUCCUCCUUACGACCCAUUUCAUGGACGAAGCUGACAUUUUAGCUGAUUACAAGGCUAUUUUAUCCAGAGGAAAAGUACGCUGUGCGGGAAGUUCACUUUUUCUCAAGAACCGCUUUGGAAUUGGAUAUCAUUUGAAUAUGGCACUAGCAGAAGGUUGCGACACGCAGCAUUUGACUGAGCUUGUUCAAAGCAAAGUUCAAGGAGCCGAGGCUAUUCGUCACCACGGUAAAGAAAUGGCGUUUGCUUUGCCCAUGGAUCAAGUAUCACGAUUCCCAGAGUUACUCAAGGCCCUGGAAGAUAACAAUGAUAGUUCUGAGGUCUGCACAGCCCCUUUACUGGGCGUGACCAGCUACGGUGUUUCCAUGACAACGCUCGAGGAGGUUUUCCUCCAACUGGAAGAGACAAAUGAGGAAGAUAGCGAGUGUUCAUUAGAAGACGAACCUCCGACGGGGGAGAGUAAUCAAGAUCUUCUCAAACCUACGGAUGCCGUCAAUGUUGAAGACGGGGGCUCGAAAGUGCCAGGGUCUGUCAAUGCAUUGCACAAGGCAGGGGUGGAGCUAAAUAAUCCGGAACUAAAGGAAAGUACACAGAAACCGGUAUGGAAGGCAAAACAACAGCUGCUAGGGUUACUAAUGAUUCGCUGGUUAAUGACAAUUCGUACCCCAGCUAAGGUGUUCUUCCAAGUUAUUGUUCCUCCCAUUCUGUUGAUCGCUGGUCUUUCGAUACUCCGUGGAAGUAAGGACAAGGAAACGUCGGCAGCAUCUGGACCACAACCCCUUGAACUGACACCUGAUUUGUACUUGAAACCAGGAAGUAACGCAGAUUAUGCCACCAAUGCUCUUCUACAGAACUCGACCAAUCAUGCCAUGGGCUACGUAAUGGCUUACUUGGCUCAAUAUAGUGUUGGUACCGCGUUGGUAUCUUCUAUAAAGAGUGUGUUGAGCAGUUCAUCUCAUGCUUUGUAUAACUUGGGAUUUAACAUUCGAGAGUUUCCGGCGGACUCCAAUUUGUUGCAACCCAGUGAUCUUUCUUCAAGUAUCGAGAUGCGAUACAACGACACAGCGGUGCAUUCUGUACCUCUUGGCAUCAACAUCAUUGGAUCCAUUCUAAACAUGAAUGCGCUGAAGAGUCAGAAUAAAACACCUUAUCCACUGGAGACGACCAUCCUUCCAUUUCCUGGCCUCAAACCAGAAUGGACUUACGACGCUACGGCAUUCACGUCCAUCCUGUUGAUUGGUUUAGCUCUCAUUGUUAUUCCAGGCGGCUUUGGUAUUUUGGUUGUAGCAGAACGCCAGGAGAAGAUUCGUCACUUACUAAGGGUGUCUGGAGUGUCGUCAUUUGUUUACUGGCUGGAGCUCUUCAUCUCUGAUGCCAUCAUAUUCCUCAUCCCAAUGGUGUUAAUGCUGAUACUCAUCCCAGCCUUCCAGCUACCCUCGCUGUCUCCUGCCCCCGCCAUGGGCUGCCUGGUGAUGGCUUUGCUCCUGUACCUGCCCUCGGGGAUACUGUUCUCCUACCUUAUGUCAUUCCCGUUCAGUUCGUGGGACGUAGCCCAGCAAGUUUUGCCCAAUGUCUUCACCUUUGCUGCUUUAAUCCCAUUCAUGUCGGUGUCGUUAGUGGAUAUGACAGCAAGCCGUGAUACAGCUAUUAUCAUUCACUAUGUGGCUGUAUUUCUGUUACCUCCUUAUCCAGUCUUCGGAGCUUUGUACUAUAUCGAAACCGUGUACAGGUACCAGUCCGCUAUAGCGUUUUUUACAGCCAAUGGUUGAUCAGUUGAUGUGCAAGUCACUGCAAGUGAUUACUUCAAAUGGACUAAAUACAAUGGCAUUCCUGCUGCAUUGAUUGCUCCUGUCUUUCAUACAAUCCUUUUCGCUGUGUUGAUCUAUAUUCUGGACCAACGAAAUGUCGCCGGUAAAGCCAUGUGCUCUUGUACUUGCAGUGGCAAGAAAAAUGGCCAAAUUGGUGGAAGUCCGAACCUCGUGCGAUCUGACAGCGUUCGGUCACCGGAACCAGAGGACGACGACGUACGAAGAGAGAAGGAGAAACUGUUAAACAGAAACGAAACUUCCAUCGAAGAGUCCUCUUUCUCCGUUAUAAUCAAGGGGUUGUGGAAGAGAUUCAACACCGGCAGGAAAGCCAAAACAGUUGUCAAAGACCUGUUUUUUGGUGUAGAGCGAGGAGAAGUCUUUGGACUUCUUGGACCAAACGGAGCUGGGAAGACAACCUCUCUGAACAUGGUAACUGGAGACCUUCCACCAACAAGGGGAAAGAUCUAUGUAGCGGGUUAUGACAUGAGCAGACAUCCAUUUGAGGCAUUCCAACACAUGGGCUUCUGCCCACAGGCAGACGCACUCUGGCCGAUCGUGACACUGCAGGAACACCUUGAAGCCUACGCCAGGAUCCGCGGCGUGCCAUGGGGUGAAGUCAAACGACUUGUCGGGCACUACAUGUCAGCUUUGAGGAUCACAGAACAUGCCGGGAAGAGGUCCAAAGAUCUUUCAGGUGGAACAAAAAGAAAGGUCAGUUUUGCCAUGGCCAUGCUUGGGGACCCUGAACUGCUGUUGCUUGACGAGCCCUCAACUGGCAUGGACCCAUCCGCAAGACGUUUCCUAUGGAACACUAUUAGUAAGAACGUCCAUGGAAACCGGGGGGCCAUACUCACCACUCACUCCAUGGAGGAGGCUGACGCCUUGUGUUCACGAGUUGGUAUUAUGGUCAAAGGUCAACUGAAGUGUCUUGGCUCGACGCAACAUUUAAAGAGUACUUAUGGCAGUGGCUACACUUUGGAAAUCAAACUCACUCAAAUCCAGUCCCCUAAACCCCCCACGGAUGAUUCGAUGGAGCGGUUACACAAUUACGUUGUAGAGUUGCUUCCAGGUGCCACUCGGUCCGAGGAGUUCGGUGGAAGAGUGAUAUACAAGGUCCCGAGAGAAGGCGUAGGAGCGCUAUCAGUAAUCUUUAACAAACUCGAAAGAGGUAAGGAAGAGAUCGGGAUAGAAGAGUACAGCUUCAGUCAAUCAACUCUUGAACAGGUUUUUCUGGAGUUUGCACGCGAACAAGAUGACGAUAGAACCGGAGCCAAAGACAACCCAAUUGCAGACGAAAUUAUGGAAAAUGGCGGCGAUCACGUGACAGUCUAGUCUAGUCAGAAUGUUUAUAUUGGCAUUUCGAAAAUGGCGGCGACACGUGUCAAUCUAGUCUAGUCUAGUUUAGACUAGUCAGCAUUUUUAAAUUUUACUAUGACCACACGUCGCGAAAAAUAUAACCUAGCGUUAUCAGGUUUAUCAUUCAUAAUCAUCUCAGUUUUGCUUAGUCCUAACUAUAAUUGUUUUUUUUUUAAGUUCAUAAUAACCCCUAGGUGUCAUUCUUCACUAUUAUACUAUCAUUGUUCGUAAUAAAAAGAAGUUUUGCGCAUCGUUAAAAUUACUUGCUUUCUGAUGACGGUAACCAUGAGAGUGUUACUCUUUUUAUUAUAAGACUGAAGAAAUUACUUCAUUGUGAUUGGCUGAGAGAGCUCGCCAAUUUAUCGGUAAUUUUGCAUUAAUUUUUAACGUGCGCUCCUUCGUAAUUUUUAAAGAGGGUAGUGCCAAUUUAUACAAGCAAUCGCAUGAAUCCUCGAACACUUAAGGAUUUGCACUUCUCGUAAUAUUUGAAAAUUCUUUCAGAUUGUACUCCCCUAAAGGCUCGUGCAAUUUGGAGAGAAUUUUCUAAUAUCACUUGUCAUGUAAAUCCUUAUUUAUUGCACUCGCGUUGAUACAAUAACCUAUACAAAUCGUCACUACCCUCUGUUUUUAACAUUAUUUCGAGAUGCUCGAAAACAAAAGCGUCAGAUGUAUCAGAAUGCCCAGUGAGUCUAGCAAUAUGCAACGAAAUCUUAACUAAGCGUGUGAUGAUGAUGACGACGACGACGACGACGAAGCGACGACGACGACGAUAAUGAUAACGAUGUUGAAAUUUUAUUUGAGUGUCAAGCGCUGAUAGCUUGAAAUAACAAUCCCUUACUAACGUGGGANUCACA